AGAUGAUUUUUCUCUUUAUUUGUGGAUUCUUUUUUGGAAUUAUAUUUAUUAUAUUUUUAUUCGGAAUUUAUUUCUUUAAUAUAUUUGGAAGAACAACAACAACAAAUUUUAAUAAUAAUAAGUGUUCAAUACAAGCAGCAGAUAAAGCUAGAAUUCCCCCUGAAAUCAAAGCAUUUUUGAACUCUUCAAAAGAUGGAAAUGGCGGUUCAGAAUGGGAAUCUUGUUCUUCAUUUAGUUUACUUCUUCACUUUUUAUUUCAAGAAAUUAAAGAUACAAGACAGUUUAGAAGGUGGCUUUACAAAAAACUUCAAUUAGAAUUAAACGAUGCAACAGCGAGAAGUUCUACUGCUGGAAGGAUAAUUCAGGACAUUCAAAUUCGUGAUUUGGAAAUUGGAACACACCCACCUAUGAUUAAAGACAUUAAAGUUUCAGAAUUUAAAUUGAAUGAGUCUGAUCCAGAUAUGUUUGAUGAAUUGGUUUUGAUGUUAAAUUUGGAUUAUAAAGGGGGGUUUCAAAUGUCUGUAGAUGCUUUGAUGGCUUUUGGAAAGUUUGCACAAUUAUCUGUUAAGUUGUUGGAACUUAAAGGAAAAGCUAGACUUACAAUAACUCGACAACCUUUUGCUCAUUGGAGUAUUUGUUUUGUAGAAAAUCCUCAAAUGAAUUUAAAAAUUGAUUCUCAGUUUCAAGGCAGAAAUCUUCGACAUUUAAUCCCUUUAAUUACAACAGCUUUUCGUAAACUUGUUCAGCUUAAACAUGUUUGGCCUAAUUAUAAAAUUCGUUUUCGACCAUUUUUUCAAAAUCCGUUGUUUAAUAUUUCUCCAAAUAUUGAAGCACUUGAUCACAUUCAUUUUUCUGGCUCGGGUUUAGAAGUUACCGUUUUAUGCUCAUCUCGUUUAAAUAUUUCACUUCGUCAUGGAGGACAACAUCUUUUUUGCAAAGUAUUUUUAGAAAAACGCCCCUUUGGUUGUUCUUCAUUUAACAAACUUAAAGGAACUACAACUAAUCAAAUAUCCUCAAAUGAAGAAUUACAUUUACAAAGUUUAAUGUUGUCUUUUUCAAGGAAAGGAAUUAAUGAUAAAAUUGGUUUGACGUUGGGAAUGAAGAACGGAAAAGACGUUUCUGUUGAAAAAGUCGAAACAAAUUCAAAUGCAGAAAAAAGCGGUUUCAAAGUUGGAGAUAUUUUAAUUGCUGUAAACAAUAUAGCUGUUAGAAGUGAAAGACAAGCUAUUCGAUUAUUAUCUGGGACAUGUAGCGAUUUAUUAAUUUUAGUGGAAAGAAAAUUGGAAGAGAAGAAAAAUAAUAAUUGUUCAUCUUCAUUACAAAAACCUUCAAAAUCUGUUGAUGAUUUUAUUUUACUUGGGGCACAACCUAUAGAAUUUAGAGCUGAGGAUUUGCCUGAAUUUAAUGAAGAAGAAAAGGAGGAAGAAAAAAAUAGUGGAAAAUGUUUAUUUAAAUCUGCCUCAGACUCUAUUGAACUCCUUUUGCCUUCUUCACAAACAUCAAAGAGGGGGUCAGUUGAUUAUUCCAGUCCCAACAUUAAUUUAAACAUGGAGGAAAAACAAAAGUGCGAAGAACAAGAAAAACAAAUUGUAAAACAAGUUGCUAAACAACAUGCAAAACAAGUUGGGGAAAUUGUUGGGAAACAAGUUGGAAAUAAAAUAGGGGAACAAGUUGGAGAAAAUGUUGGGAAGAAAGUUGAAGAACAAGUUGUAAAACAAGUUGGGGAAAAAAUUGUAAAAAAUGUUGGGAAACAAGUUGGAGAUAAAAAUGUUGAGGAGAAAGUUGGAGAAAAUACUGAAAAACAUGUUGUUAAUAAAGGUGAAAAACAAGUUGUAAAACAAGUUAGAGAAAAUGUUGGGAAACAAGUUGGUGAAGAUGUUGGGAAACAAGUUGGAGAUAAAAAUGAAAAACAAGUUGGAGAAAAAGUUGCAAAACAAGUUGGAAAUAAAAAUGAAGAAAAACUAGGAGAGAGUGUUGCAAAACAAGUUGGAGGAAAACUUGAAAGAAAUGAAGGAAGUUUUCGUCUUUCUAGUAUUAAAAAGAAGAAACAAACAUUGAGACGUUCAAGAUCCGAAUCAAGUUUGUCACCAACCCCAACAACAACAAAUAAUUCAAGAAAAACAUCAACGAUUUUACAAAAUGUUGUUCAAAACAAUGAAGAAAAUACAAAUUGUAAAUCAAGUUUGGAUGUUUGUGUAGACGAUACAAGUUCAAUUACAAGUUGUAAAAAACCAGAAAAUGUGAAAUCUAAAAGGGAAAGAUUGCAUGCAAAAGCAAACGAAAUGGCAAAACAUUGGCAAGCGGGUAGAUCAAAAAUAAAUGAAUUAUGGAAUAGAAGAAAACCUUCAGAAUUAGCUAUAGAAGUAAACGAUGAUAUGGAAAUUAAUGAACAUUUUAAUGUGGAUAGGUUGGGUACUCCUACUAGAGAAGAGAAUAAAUUAUUUAAGAAAAAAUUGUCUCCUUCCCCUUCUUGUGGCAAAAAUGUAUUAAAUGAUGGAGAAAAGAGAGAGACAACAACAACAAAAUCUGAAGCAUUUCUUCAAGAUGUAAAUAUACAAAAAACAAAGCAAAUACCUUUAACUAAGGAUCCUUUGUGGGGACAAUCUCUUCAUUUUACCUUGCAAAACGAGUCAUUAUAUUUAAAUGUGUUGGUUUGUGCUGAUGCUGAAGGAAAUGAAAAAGAUUCUUGUGAACUUGUUGGUUUUACAAGUAUUUAUGUCCCUCGAAUUAUCGAUGACUGCAUGUUGACUCUUUCAAAUAGUCAUCGAGAACGUUUUCAUUUGAAAGGACCUAAAGAAAGAGAAAAUAUUCUUCCACAAGAAUUUGAAGAAUUAUUUAAACAUAAUGGUUUUGAUCCCCGUUUAUGUUUUGGUGAUAUAAUUCUUGGUUUUCGAUUUUUCCCUGAUGGCCUUCCAAAUUCAUUAAUUCAACAAAACGAUUUAUUAAAAAGGGAAGAAGAAGAAAACAAAGAAGAAAAACAACAAAAAGAAAAUUUAAAUCAACAACAACAAUCAAAUAAUAAUGAACAUAAAUGGAUUAAUUUACAACCUAAACAUGGUUUACAUUUUUCUUGUUUUAUUUGUUCUGGCAAAAUUUGGUUAAAGGGUGGUAGUCGUUGUGAAAAAUGUUUAAUAAUUUGUCAUACAAAUAAUAAAUGUUUGGAUAAAGCAAAGGCUUGUGAAUGUAAUAAAAUAAUAAAUCCUUCAAAUUUUAAUGAUGAUGAAGCUUUUGAAGAAUUGGUUGAUUUUAAUGUUGAAUCCCCUACAAGAAAAGAGGCAACAAACUGUUCAGAAGAACAAAAAAUUCUUUUAACAACAACAAAUCCUCUACUAAAUCAACAACCAAAUAUAUUACUCGAUAUAGAUAAUAAAAUAGGUAGUGGAUGUAGAAGAAGACGAAUAGCAGAAAAACUCCAAACAACAAUGUCUACUUUAAAACAAGUUGGAGGAGGAAUUAGAAAAAGAAGAGGAGGAGGUAAUAUUUCAGAAAUUACAACAACGCCUAGAGAAGAAAUAGAAUCAACAUCGAGAAUGUCUACUGAACCUCCAGAAUCUCCACCACCCUCACAAUCAUCCCUAUCUUUACAAAAUAGUCAAGGAGAAUCUCAAAUAUUUAUUGCUAUUUCGGAUGUUCUCGACCGGGAAUUUUUUAAUUCAUUGGAAGGUUUUCCAAAAGAAAUAAAUAUUGAUGAAUUACGUUUUGAACCUGGAAAUGCUUAUAAUCCUCAAGUUAUUUGUGAAACUAAAACUAAAGGAAAAUUAGUUUUUGGAAAUCUACCGGCUAGUGAAAGAAAAUUAAAAAUUAAUUCUCAAAUUGAUAGAGUACAAACAAUGAUUGAACGGGUAACUCGUGAAAGGCGUUCUUUACCUUGUAAAAAUGAUGAAGAUUUUGAUAUUGUCGAUAACCGGUUACAAGCUUUAGCCUUAGUUAUGCUUUUAUAUUGUUCUGGACUUUCGGAUUGUAUGGACAAAGAAGAAGCAGAAACAACAAACCCAAAAAAUUUAUCAAAUAAAGGAGAAGAAAUUGAUUAA